AACAGUAACAGAGCCAUGGCUCAAGCCGGCCAGCGGCGCCGGCAGGCAGCAGCCGCGGCAGGCGCGCGGGCCGCGGCAGGGGAGCCGGGGACCUCAGAAUUUUAAGAAAGAGAGGGGCGAGAGGUGGCCGAGGCGGGUGGGCUGGGGCACUGCGCUCUCCCAACGGCGCGGAUCCUUUUUGGAAAUUAAUAUUUAAAAAAAAAAAAGCCGAGGACGCAGAGGGGAAGGUGGGGGGUAAGAGGGAAGGCGAGACACACACACACACACACACGCACACGCACACACAGACACACACACACGGAGAGAGAGAGACAGAGACAGAGCCCCACAGUGAGAGGAAGGAAGGCAACAGUCGCCAGCAGCCGAUGUGAAGACCGGACUCCGUGCGCCCCUCGCCGCCUCUGCCUGGCCACAUCGAUGUUGUGUCCGCCGCCUGCUCGCCCGGAUCACGAUGAACGCGCAGCUGACCAUGGAAGCGAUCGGCGAGCUGCACGGGGUGAGCCAUGAGCCGGUGCCCGCCCCUGCCGACCUGCUGGGCGGCAGCCCCCACGCGCGCAGCUCCGUGGCGCACCGCGGCAGCCACCUGCCCCCCGCGCACCCGCGCUCCAUGGGCAUGGCGUCCCUGCUGGACGGCGGCAGCGGCGGCGGCGAUUACCACCACCACCACCGGGCCCCCGAGCACAGCCUGGCCGGCCCCCUGCACCCCACCAUGACCAUGGCCUGCGAGACUCCCCCAGGUAUGAGCAUGCCCACCACCUACACCACCCUGACCCCUCUGCAGCCGCUGCCUCCCAUCUCCACAGUAUCGGACAAGUUCCCCCACCAUCACCACCACCACCAUCACCACCACCACCCGCACCACCACCAGCGCCUGGCGGGCAACGUGAGCGGUAGCUUCACGCUCAUGCGGGAUGAGCGCGGGCUGGCCUCCAUGAAUAACCUCUAUACCCCCUACCACAAGGACGUGGCCGGCAUGGGCCAGAGCCUCUCGCCCCUCUCCAGCUCGGGUCUGGGCAGCAUCCACAACUCCCAGCAAGGGCUCCCCCACUAUGCCCACCCGGGGGCCGCCAUGCCCACCGACAAGAUGCUCACCCCCAACGGCUUCGAAGCCCACCACCCGGCCAUGCUCGGCCGCCACGGGGAGCAACACCUCACGCCCACCUCGGCCGGCAUGGUGCCCAUCAACGGCCUUCCUCCGCACCAUCCCCACGCCCACCUGAACGCCCAGGGCCACGGGCAGCUCCUGGGCACAGCCCGGGAGCCCAACCCUUCGGUGACCGGCGCGCAGGUCAGCAAUGGAAGUAAUUCAGGGCAGAUGGAAGAGAUCAAUACCAAAGAGGUGGCGCAGCGUAUCACCACAGAGCUCAAGCGCUACAGCAUCCCACAGGCCAUCUUCGCGCAGAGGGUGCUCUGCCGCUCCCAGGGGACCCUCUCGGACCUGCUGCGCAACCCCAAACCCUGGAGCAAACUCAAAUCCGGCCGGGAGACCUUCCGGAGGAUGUGGAAGUGGCUGCAGGAGCCGGAGUUCCAGCGCAUGUCCGCGCUCCGCUUAGCAGCAUGCAAAAGGAAAGAACAAGAACAUGGGAAGGAUAGAGGCAACACACCCAAAAAGCCCAGGUUGGUCUUCACAGAUGUCCAGCGUCGAACUCUACAUGCAAUAUUCAAGGAAAAUAAGCGUCCAUCCAAAGAAUUGCAAAUCACCAUUUCCCAGCAGCUGGGGUUGGAGCUGAGCACUGUCAGCAACUUCUUCAUGAACGCAAGAAGGAGGAGUCUGGACAAAUGGCAGGAUGAGGGCAGCUCCAAUUCAGGCAACUCAUCUUCUUCAUCAAGCACUUGUACCAAAGCAUGAAGGAAGAACCACAAACUAAAACCUCGGUGGAAAAGCUUUAAAUUAAAAAAAAUUUUUAAAAGACCAGGACCUCAAGAUAGCAGGUUUAUACUUAGAAAUAUUUGAAGAAAAAAAAGCAUUAUUUAUAGUCCAAAGAAACCAAAGACUUAGCUCACCUGCAUUCUGACUUUGUUUGGAGACACACACUUCAGCAGGGCGGCGACUUGGCAAGACAAAUGAUGAGCAAGAAAACACCACUGGAUCUCACACCUUCAAUCCAUGACCAUCCUCGCUGUGCUUGGCUGUUUAGUGGUUUGGAGCAUAGUGAUUUUGAGCCAUUGAGUGGACAUCUUUUAAGAUCAAACUUUCUCAUCUGUUCUACCAUGCCACGAAGGUGUAUGGUGUCUCAGUACCACCACCACCAGUGGUUAGAGACUUAGGCAGAGCUGGUCUUCAGAAAUGGUUGUUCUAUAGGAGUGCAACCAACAUGGUUAGGGGUUGUCUGAGUUCAUUGGAUUAGGAGUGUGAUUUUGCUCGUCUAGUCUAGCGUUUGAACCUGCCAGGCCCGCAACCUAAAUGCAGAUUCAAACCCAGCAAAGAAAAUUUGAAUGACACCUAAACCAGUGCAUUCUCUUUGUUUGUUAAGGAAUGUUCAGAUAUUUUUUAAGAAAUGAAACAAGAGUCCAUCCAUUAAAAAAAAUCACCUAGGUACCAAAGAACACACUUAAUAUUAUAGUGCAGGUAUUUUAUUGCAAUGAUUUUAAUAACCAAAGCUAUUUUUACACAAGAUACUAUGUAAAGUUAUACGUAUGAACUGAUCUAGCUGUAAUACACAUGCCACAUAGAAUCAUGACUAUUAUUUAUGACUCUUGAAGCAUUUGAAAUAUGAGUUUUCAGAACUGGCAAGAAAGAAUGUAGCUUCAGGGAAGCAAUUAAUAUCAUGGCAGAGAGGUCGAUGCAGUACACGUGUACAUCCAGAUGGCACACUCCUUUUCAGGAUCCAUAAAUGUCACUUAAGUAGAGAGACAGACAUGGUUCCAUAAUCUGUUCCUAGCUGAGAAAACCUGAGGAUCUUUCGAAAGUAGUACCCCAUUUUUACACUAGAAAACUAAAUUUAACAGGGAGGGUAACUAAAUUAAAAAAUUUGUUCAAAGUAAUGCUUUUUAGUAAAAGGUCACUAAAUAAAGAACUAUCCUUAGAUUAAUUGACUUAUAUUUGCUUUAUGCAUCUGGCACCAAAAACCUCUUUUAAAUACUUUACAAAUACAAAUAAAGUUUAAAAAAACAACAUUAUUAUUCAAAUGAGCUAUUCAGUACUUAUAACUAUCCUAAAAAGUUAUCAAACUAACUUAUUGCCAAUCCCAGAAAUUUUAUGAUUUGGAUGUCAACAAAACAGCAGGUGCAACUGAGAAAUGGUGGAAUUGGUGGAACCGCAUAGAAAAAAGCCAGUGUUCUGGUGGACGACAAGACUUUUGAUCUAUUGGUAUUAAUCAAUUUAUGGAACUAAGAAUAGCCUCCAAAGCAUUCUGCCUUCUUUCUUGCUACUGCAUUAAGCUGGAAAUUUUAUAAUAUAGAUUUUGCUCUCUAACAGGGACAGAUUAAAAACUAGACCUGAGCUUACAAAUACAAAAUUUUAAAUUUCUAUUUUUCCAAAUCACUUAACCAGAGCUGUAGAAAUCAAAGCCAAAAAAAAAUGAAGUUGUAUUAGUGGUACCUCAGUGAGUCACUUGAUUCCCAGAAAAAUUCUCUCUGAUUUCAGCUGGACUGUAACUUAUCUAAGUGGAUGCCUAUUAUGCCAUUAGGUAAAGAAUUGGAUACUGUUAGUUAAUUACCAUCCCUACUUAGAACUAUGAAAUUAAAUGUUAUCCUAAUGAUAAGUUGUUUUAUUGAGAUUCAUUAAAAAUGCCAAAGAACAAAACUGAACCAUCUUAACACGAAACAUAACUCCUUAGCAUCAAAUCUCAGCACCUUGUCUAGGUCUGUAACAGGCAGGCAACUAGAGAGGUGAAGCAAAACCAACAAGCCAUCUAUCUGUGUCUCCUUCAUGUCUGCUGUCAAAUGAGAAGAGGAAACCAACAUAUACUUCUCUUUUGAUGAAAUACUUCAUUUGCCUUGACAUGUUUUGUUUUUUUUUAAAUUUCACCCACAACUCCAGCUUAAAAAUUUCCCUUCUAAAUAUGGCACAAUUAUAGUUCAGCUAUUGAAAGAGACCAUUUAAAUGGCCACCCUUCAAGAUUUACUAAAAAAUAGAAUCUUGUCAAUGACAUAAACAAAAAGGAAAAAACUGAUUAACAUUUUCUCUCUCUCCGGGAAUGGAGGGAGCCGGGGAUACAGCUACAUAAUGUAUUUAUAAUUUAGGAGGGAGGAAAGCCUUAUUUAUUUAAAAUGUGAUAAUUCUAAAUGCAGGGAAAUUCAAGCUGUGUCUACACACAAUCUUACCAAAUUCAAUACCCCAAGAAAAGAAUAGCAGAAUUCAGACAACCAUGCUUUUUAUUUGUUGCUACUAUAUAUUACCCCCAAAAUCAAUCCAACUACAUGUUACCCUUUUUUUUUUUUUUUUUAAGAGAGUCUCACUCUGUCACCCAGGCUGGAGUGCAGUGGUGCAAUCUCAGCUCACUGCAACCUCCACUUCCUGGGUUCAAGUGAUUCUCCUGACUCAGCCUCCCAAGUAGUUGGGAUUACAGGUGCCACCACACCCAGCCUAAUUUUUGUAUUUUUAGUAGAGACAGGGUUUCACCAUGUUGGCCAGGCUGGUCUUGAACUCCUGACCUCAGGUAAUCCACCCACCUCGGCCUCCCAAAGUGCUGGGGUUACAGGCAUGAGCCACUGUGCCUGGCCCAUGUUACAUUUUUUACCAAUUAUUUUGGUACUGCAUAGGCACAGUCUCACAGAAUAUUGCUUCAUUUUCAGUAUCCCACUGUAACAGUUUUUUAAGAAACUAACCAGUUAUCCUAUUUGCUAACACCAAAGAUAAUUUUCAUACCAGCAUUGAAUUUGCACCCAUUAUGCAAUUUCAGGGCUUAGAGAUAUAUUUUCUCAUAAACAGAUGCACAAAUCAGAGCCUGAAAAGCAAUUUUUUUACUCGACUGUUUGAGCAUACUCACAUCCUUUGCUUUUUAGAAAUCGUGAUGGACAAACUCAGCUUCUCACAAGCAAUACACUUAUUACAUCAUGUAUGACUGAUUCUUCACUUGCUCCUGAACUGGCAUGUAGAAAAAAAACACAAUGCUUCCAUUCCUAUUUAGUGUAACAUUAAUUUCUGGCUUGAGUUUUUUAAUCUACAUUCCACAGAGCAGAUCAUGUGCCAUUUGUUCACCCAUCAUUUCUCAAUUCUUUUGCAAAAUUCACCAGAAAAAGAUAUCUAUCUUACCCUUUUAUUUGUACAUGUGUUUAUUCCAAAACUGCACUUAAAGUAAUCCUUUUUUUUUUUUUUUUUUUUUUUUUUUUUUUUUGGUAGAAUGGAAGUUAGUCUGUUUCUGGCCAUAAGACAUUCAGGUCCUCUCAUCACUGGAAGCUUUCCUGUAGAGGGCAGGGAGUUGUGACGUCUGGACACCCCAAAACCCCAGACUUCAGUAAAUGUUCAGGUAAAAGAGCUCUGGAUGUCAGGAAUUGAGUAUUCCAGUCCCUGGAUGCAGCUGGAAUAGACUCCAAAGACCAAAGAAAAUGUGUGGGAAAUCCAGAAGUUCUAAAUGAACAUGUCACUCACUGUGCCCCUGCAAAAAAGCGAAAUUAUUUUUCCAGGAAAAUAUAAAAGCACUACGCUACUUUUGGAUUCAUUCCACUCCCAUUGCUACCCCAGGUGAAUGACCGUAGUUGCAGGUUAAAUGCAAACUUUGCUAUACCAAAGAGUCCUAGGACAUUUUCACAUGAGCUAUAAAGGCAUUUUCCCUAAGAAAGGUCCUCCCUUCUUUGUACAUAAAGGAUGAAAACUAUGCAUUUAGCAAACAAAGAGAAAGCACUUCUCCUUUUUCUAUCUAGUUGUUUAGGGUGCAUUCAAACACCAGAGGCUGUUUUGAGACAUGUUUGGCCUUCUGGGUUAUUACCGUGGUGUGGUUAGCUUUACAGUACAUUUGGUAACUAUUUCCUAAAUAGUAAGGACAAAGAAGCAGAAGGUAAGAAAUAGCGACUUCCACGUGUAAAAAAAAAAAAAGAAAAGAAAAAAAGAAAAAAAAAGUGUAAAGAUCUACUAUUUAUAGUGUGAACCAAAGACGCUACCUCACUCAAUUUCCAUUGGUGAUUUUAAUCACAUUGAUGAUACCAAAGAAUACCAAAGAUAUUUUCAUGCACGGUCUCAGUCUGCAGAGGGAACUCCGCCCCUUCCCUUCCUCCACCCCUCCCCCUUCCUAACUCUUCACUCAGUGUGUAAACUUGUCUUCAUUCUUAAUAAUGAUACAAUAAUGACAACAACAACAUUAGGAAAUACUACUCUUAUUACUGCUAGUUCUACUUGUAAAUCUCUAGGCAAACAUGUUGCAAACUUUGUAAACUCCUAGGACGAGUGCCUUGCUUGAACCAAAGUGUUAAACCGCUGUUGACCUCUUUCACCUUAUACUCUUUGAAUACCUCAGCCUCUUAGAAAGGCCACUAAUGAAAAAAAAAAAAGGAAUAAUUAUUCACCGUGGUGCUUUUUCCGUGCAACCAUGCAAUGAAACUUUCUUUGAUACCAAAGGAUGACUUUUCUUUUCCCAAUUUCUUGCUGAUAAACCAAAGCUCCUCCUCCUUGUUCCCUCUCAAGUUCCCCCCACCUGAGUUCACCUGUCCCUCCACCAGGCAGGCCGUGCAUAACUUUUACCAAUUCCUCCAAAUACCUCAUAGUAAUAAAGUUUUAGGGUUAUGUUGUAUAGAGAGUCUAUGUGAUAAGGCAGAACUUACUAGUUUGAUAAUUGUUAAGGUUACUUUAAAAAAAACUUUAUAAUUCUUAUUUAUUUUGUAGUUUGUAUGUUUGGGAUGUUCCCCCCCCCACUUUGGUUUGGGGUUUAUUUUCUUGGCAGAACUGCUCUGUUGCUCGAGGAAGACUUAGUUUCUGGAAAUAUUCCCUGGGUGAGUCAAGGGUUGUGUAAAAAUGCAAGAAUGGAAUACGAAAUGAUUUUCAUUUUGAUGGUUACUUAUGAAGUUUUUGUGUUCCGUAGAAAAUUUGUU